AUGAUCACGUGCAACGCUAAUUAUAUCAAAGCUUGCAAACCGAAAGAAACAGAUAUUUCAGAAUGUAUUAAGCAAAGAGUUGAAGAACUUAGAGAACAACUAAACGAUGGUAUUCCAGAGAUGAGAAUUCCUAGUAUUAAUCCGUUAGAAAUUCCGUUUGCGCAAAUGGAUCUUGGAGAGAAGUCCAAAGCAUCAAUGAAGGAUAUAAAAUUGUAUGGUUUACCUGCGUUUAUUAUUAAAGAUUUAAAAAUUGAUUUGGACAAGGAUUAUAUAGAAAUCAAAGUGGAUAUCCCACAUAUUCGUGCAGAAGGAGAAUACACAGUUAAAGGAAAAUUAUUAAUUUUGACACUAGAUGGAAGUGGACCUGGUCAGAUAAAUAUCAGAGAUGUGCUCCAAAGUUGGAAUUUAUUGAGACAUUUCACGCAGAACAUGAUCAGUACUAGUAUGAAUCCCAUCGAGUACAUACAUAGGGUAAUGGAGUUUCAAAGUAAACUCAGCCUGUUAAAUAAAGAUAUUAAAUCAUAUGAGGAUUUAAAACAAAUUAAUAGCCAAUUCAAUAGUCUGCAUAUUGAGGGGCAAACGUGGAGGUCUGAAGAGCAGCAGCAGCAAGGUCUUUACGCCUUUAGAAAACUACCACAAGCUACAUAUCCGUUAAGACGUAUUCAGCCUACACCAUGGGAGCCACCAACAGCGAGAAUAUGA